AUGACAUCGAGCCAAAUGCUGGGAGAUGUUGCUGGUCGCAAGUCUGGCCUAGACGCGUCGGGGUGCAGUAUUUGCGUCAGUCCACAGCGGCCGGAUGCUCUGGUCGAAAACAGAAUUAGUCAGAGAGUUGGGCCGUACCUCGAAGUGGAAGCUGAACUUCUUCGCGGCGUGCCACUCUGCAAGACCCUGAGGGGCAUGGGUUGGAUGUGGCGAAGGAGCCCGCACAGCGUUCCGGAGGAAAAAUGGCAAUUCCUGUGGCAAAGCUUGCGGCCUGUCAACACCUAUGAUGUUUUCAUCUCCCAUACAUGGAAGAGCUCAGGGUUGUCGAAGGUACUUGCUCUUCUCUUGAGCACAGGCUGGCACAGCGCUCUUGCCUUCUGGCUGUUGGCUAUUCUAGUCAUUGUCACCUUGCAAGUAUGUUUUCCCGAUUUGGACAAUCACAAGCCUUUCGUUCUCAGCAAGCGCAUCAUGAACUUCGAAGAAGCGUGUCCACUUGCACCAUGGGCUGUGAUUGCAACCCCCUUGGCGAUGACCCUGGGCGUGCUGCUUGCGCCGUAUCUCCCCCAAAAGCUGAUGAAAGAGGGUACGUGCUUCCUAGAUGUCGCUUGCAUCCAUCAAGCCGACCCAGCCCUCAAGGAACGUGGGAUUUAUGGCAUCGGUGGUUUCCUGCAACAUGCUGCAGAGCUCCGAGUACUGUGGACUCCUCCUUACCUUACACGCUUGUGGUGCAUUUUCGAACUCGCGGCCUAUCGCGUGGCCAACCCGACAGGGCGGAUCACUUUAACACCAAUUUUCAUUGAGCACUCCGUGCUUUUCUUAGCACCUGCUCUCUGGGUUGCGUCCUCGUGCUACUGGGCGGCGGCUGCAUCCGGCCUCAACAAAUAUGGCUUCAUUCUGGGCGAGGCCCUUCCCAUAGGAAUUGCUCUGAUUCCACUUGUGGGCUUUGUCCAGGGCCUGCGGCGGUUCUUCUGCGCAAAGCAUAAGCUCUUCGAAGAGCUCAGAGCAUUCAAGCUGGCAUCGGCUGAGUGCAGCGAGCUGUUCGACCAAAUCUUUGUGAUUUCUGCGAUCCAGAAAUGGUAUGGCAGCGCCGAGGAGUUUGAGAAGUUCGUGCAGGGAACCCUCUGUUCCGAGAUGUCAAAUAUUCAAACCGUGGAUGUUCCAUUGCCAUACUGCCUCCUCCUUACCGCGUUCCCAGUCAGCGCUACGAUUGAUGAGAGCUUGGCGCUUUGGGCUGGUGGUGCUCCCAUGCCGGUGGUGGCUUCAAGCCUGAUUGGACAUGUGUACGGCAUAUGUGUUUGUUGGUGCCUGGUCAGCUUCAAGCUUUUGUACUACCUCUGCGAUCGCUUCGCAGUGGCCAGACACACCGGUUUCGCUGACUACUUGCAAACUCUACUCAUUUACUUAUCAUUCUCUCUGUUCUUCCUCGUCGGAAGCUACACAGGUGAGCUGGCCUACCGUCAUAGCCUGGAGACCGCCAUUUGCCAUGCUUGCCUGUGUUUGGUGGGAAGUGGUACGCCCUUUGGGGUGAGUUCGCAGAUUUGCAACCAACGGAAUGAUGACUGUGUAUUUUUGCUUUAUAAGGUGCACUGCGACUCCUUGCUGCAAGCCUUGGAACUCGCGGGCUUCACGAUCCUGCGCCAAGCCUGGUUAGACGAGGUGGUGAGCCAGAUCACGAGAUACAACUCGUUGGACUUGGACGAGUUCCUACAGAUGCUGCACAUGUACGAGGAGAGACACUAUGCAGAGUUCACGAAGGUAUUUGAGCACUUCGACGAUGACCAGAGUGGCACUCUGGAGGCCCACGAGCUCGCCAACUUGCUAGAGCAGUGCGGGAUUACGGCCUUGGACCAGGUCCUCAAGGAGAUCAUGGUCGAGGUUGCUCCUGCUGAUCCGGGCUCCAUCACAAUGGAAGAGUUCAAGCGGGUCAUCGAGAUCAUCCAUGUCAACGAGGGAUUUUCCUCCCGCGAAAUCAUCAAGCUCAAGGAGGUGUUUCGCAAGUUUGACUUGGACAGGGGUGGCACUAUGGACACCAGCGAGCUUCACAAAGCGAUGGCAUGGCUCGGCCACGGCCUGACCAAGGAGGAGGUGCAGCUGAUCUCGGACAGCUGCGAUGUCGGAGGUAAAGGCGUGCUUGAGGAGUGCGAGUUCUUCGGCUUCAUGCGAAAGGUCAAGGAGAAGGAGAUCCUCAUGGUGAAGCGGGAGCUGAAGAAACAGCGCCCGGUGGGCGGUGCUGUGUACAUGCAGAAACAGCUGGAUCGCGUGCUGAGGGCCUUGGGCUACAUCCCCAACGCUCAAGCCAUCCGCGAUGCUGCUGAGGAUGCUGCCAUCAUCCGCCGGAGCUCUCAGAAGUUGCUGGGU